AUGGCUGUGAACGCGUACAAUUUUAUCAUCGUCUAUCUAGUGACCUUUGGGUCCUUGACGUACGGCUAUAACUCUGCCAUUAUCGGCGCGGUCAUCGGCCUCCCCUCCUUUUUCAAAUACUUCAACAUCGAUAUCAAGUCAAGCGAAGGGUCUCAGAUCACUGGAGCCACCAAUGGUCUCUUUGCUGGUGGUGGCCUGCUCGGCUGCUGGUUCAUUACCUUUCUCGCCGACAAGGUUGGACGAAAACGAUCCAUCCAGAUUACAGCCUCGAUUUGUAUAGUCGCAGGCGCUCUCCAAGCCGGUUCCGUUCAUAUUGCAAUGUUCUUGGUCGCCCGCUUCAUGAUGGGAUUCGGUGCCGGCAUGGUGAACGUCAUCACACCACUCUACCAGUCCGAAGUUUCUCCUCCCAAAUCGAGAGGCUUCAUGGUCGGUUCGCAUGGAUUCGUUCUCUGCGUAGGCUAUGGUCUAGCAGGUUGGACUGGCUAUGGCUGUUACUUCCUGGAUAGUCAGGUCGCCCAGUGGCGUCUGUGCCUGGCACUUCAAAUCGUCCCACCUCUCGGCCUCCUCCUCGGAUCCCCUUGGCUUCCAGAGUCUCCUCGAUUUCUUGUCGCUACUGACCGGCAGGAAGCUGGGUUCGAGAUCCUCAAACGUCUGCACCAACAACCGGGAGAUGACGAUUACACUACUGCCCGCGAAGAACUAUACCAGAUACGCCAACAGUUGGAGCUCGAAAGGCGCGAAGGCCUAGGACAGGGCUGGGUGAAGGGCUGGAUUGUCCUCUUUUCCAGAAAGUCGUAUCGAAAGCGCCUCCUUUUUGGGUUCUUGCUGCUCGGUCUGGUUCAGAGCACAGGAUGCCUCGUUAUCAACAACUACCAAGUACUACUUUACAAUGGUCUCAGUCUCUAUGGAUCAAUGCCGCUGAUGCUCUACGCCAUCUGGGAUACCUGGGCAGCGUGCAUGAAUUUCAUCAAUGCAUUGCUGCUUGACAGAGUUGGCCGCAUUCCUAUUAUGGUGGUCGGACAGCUUGGCUGCGCAGUGUCCGUUGCCGGCUUCACAGCUUGCCUUGCCAGAUAUGGUGGCACCGACAACAAGCUGGGUAAUGGCUUCGGCGUCUUCUUCCUCUACCUGUUCGUCACCUUCUUCGGUGGCAGCAUGGACGCUUCUUCUUACGUCUACUCGUCCGAGAUCUUUCCAACGUCGAUUCGUGCUCAGGGUGCAGGGUUUAGCGUGUCGGGUCUAUUCUGCUUCAGCUUGAUCUACACCAUGUGUGCGCCUGUCGCAUUCAAUAGUAUUGGCUGGAAGUACUAUCUGAUCUUCAUCAUUGUGCCCAUAUGCGGUGCGGCAAUGAUGUACUUUUUCUACCCUGAGACCAAAGGACUCGCUCUCGAAGAAGUUGCAGCGAAGUUCGGUGAUGAAGUCGCAGUCGACCUUUCUCACCUCUCAGCUGAGGAACGGGCCAGACUUGACAAAACCUUGGUCAAUUCAGAAGUCAUGGAAAUGGAGCAUGUUUCCAAGGUUUGAGCGAAACCUCUACUGGAGAGUUGUAGGGCGAUAUUCGAUCAGGCGGCAUAUGCUUUGGAACAUUCAGAUACUGUCUUUACCUAUGUGUAUUAUAUCCACCAUCAUUUUCGCGAUCCGCUAAUAUCAUAUCAUACACAAAGCUACGUAUACGAAGAGACAGAGCAAUGCGAGG